UGGCACUUUGUGGCUCCUCAGUUGUUUCCUUCCAGCACUGACGCCUCCAUCAGGAGAGCACUGCUGUGAACUCAUGUGGCGGAUCAAGGUCCGUGGAAGGAGCUGCCAAUCGCUGCAGACUAAUCUCCCGCGAAUCAAAAGUGAAUUCCUGCCUGAAGUGUGUCAGAGCAGCUCAGUCCCGCGGAGCUCAGAGGAAGUGGAUCUCUCCCAGUGUGUUGGUGAAGAAGAGGAGCGCUGAGCUGCAGCUGCACAACAUGAUACCCAGGCUGGUGCUGUGCUCACAGGCUCUACGGAACAACUGUGUGUUCUCCACAUGUGUAAAGGUUCUGCAGAGACCGUGGACACGUCACCCAGGAUCACCUACAGCCACUCGUUGCAUUCAUGUGGACUCUCCGCCCGUCGUCCCAACUCUCACUACCAGCUACGUCCAUGGCACGUCUUCCACAUCUUUGCUCCACACUACAGUUGGAGAGUCCCUGCUGAGGACAGUGGAGCGCUGGCCUGACCGACAGGCCGUGGCCUUUCUGCAAGACGGAGUUCGCAAGACCUUUGCACAGUUUCAGCAAGAUGUGGAUCAAGCUGCAGCCGGACUGCUGGCACUUGGGCUGCAGAAAGGAGACCGGCUCGGCAUGUGGGGACCCAACACUUACGAAUGGAUCCUCAUGCAGUUUGCCACAGCCAAAGCUGGCAUUAUACUGGUGUCAGUGAACCCAGCGUACCAGCUGCAGGAGGUGGAGUUUGCAUUGCGGAAGGUUGGGUGUAAAGCUAUCGUGUGUCCUACGCAGUUUAAGACUCAGAAGUACUGUGACAUGCUGAGAAAGAUAUGUCCAGAGAUCGAGUCGUCCGCCCCAGGAGACAUCAGGAGUGCCAGACUCCCAGAACUCCGAUCUGUGAUUGUUCUGGAUGGUCGACACCCAGGAAUGCAUCUCUUUGAGGACGUGAUGCAGGCGGGCAGCAGCCAGCACAUGCAGCAGCUUCAGGAUCUGCAGAGAAAGAUCUCCUUCGAUGAUCCGAUCAACAUCCAGUUCACUUCGGGAACAACUGGCGCUCCAAAGGGUGCCACCUUGACUCAUCACAACAUCGUCAACAACGGCUACUUUAUUGGUAUAAGAGUGGGAUACUCCUGGAAGCAUCACAUCACCUGCAUCCCUGUGCCUUUGUACCACUGCUUCGGCUCUGUGGGUGCUGGAAUGUGCAUGGCUGUGCACGGCCUCUCCCUGGUCUUCCCCUCUGCUGGGUAUGAUGGGAAGGCCAAUUUAGCAGCAAUAGAGAGUGAAAGGUGCUCGUUCAUCUACGGCACCCCCACCAUGUUCGUGGACAUGAUUAACCAGCCGGAUUUGGCAAAAUACGACCUGUCAUCAGCCGAGGCAGGCAUCAUGGCCGGUUCCCCGUGUCCUCCAGAACUUGUGAGGAAGAUUGUUUCUGUGAUGGGCAUCAAGGGAAUAACAAUCGGAUACGGCACCACGGAGAACAGCCCCGUGACCUUCUUAGGCUCCCCGACAGACAACAUGGAGAGGAAGUCUGAGACCGUCGGCUUCAUCAGUGACCACAUAGAGGCUAAAAUCGUGGACCCUUCAACACGAGAGCUGCUGCCUCUCGGGACGAUGGGCGAGAUUCUGAUCAGAGGUUACUGUGUGAUGCCGGAGUACUGGGGGGACGAAGCCAAAACACAAGAGUGCAUCACUAAAGAAGGAUGGUAUAAAACUGGAGACAUCGGCAGAAUGGACGGGUUCGGUUACUGUCGCAUCGAGGGCAGGAUUAAAGACAUGAUCAUCAGAGGAGGAGAGAACAUUUACCCAGCUGAGAUCGAACAGUUCCUGCACACACACCCCAAAGUCAAGGAGGCACAGGUGGUUGGAGUGGAGGAUGCUCGUAUGGGUGAAGAGGUCUGUGCCUGUAUCAAACUCAUUGAUGGAGAGGAAUGCACUGUAGAAGAAAUCAAGGCUUACUGCAAGGGACAGAUCGCUCACUUCAAGAUCCCUCGCUAUAUUCUGUUUGUGACCAGCAUCUGUGUAUUGUGA